AUGUCGAAUCUCAAGAGAAAAGCGGCCUCGACAGGCAAUGAGAACGAGGCGAAGAAAACAAGGGCCAAUGGUAGCAUUGCUUCCUUCUUCGGGGCUGUCCCAAAGCUUGCCGGUGCCGCUGCUGCUUCUUCCUCUCCAGCCGCCAAGUUUGACAAGGCAAAAUGGGUUGAAGGCUUGACUGCCGAACAGAAGGAGCUGCUCAAGCUCGAGAUUGAAACUCUCCACGACAGCUGGCUUGCAUUACUCAAGGAUGAUGUGACCACCAAGGAAUUCCUUGAAUUGAAGAAGUUCCUAAACCGCGAGACAGCCGCUGGCAAGAAAUGGUUCCCGCCAAAGGAGGACGUGUACUCUUGGUCUCGUCACACACCAUUCAACGAGGUCAAGGUCGUCAUCGUUGGCCAAGAUCCUUACCAUAACGUGAACCAGGCCCACGGCAUGGCCUUUUCCGUCCGACCGCCCACGCCGGCGCCGCCGUCACUCAGAAAUAUGUAUAUUGCUUUGAAGAAGGAUUACCCCAGCUUCGUUGAGCCAGCGAAUAGGGGUGGCUUGCUGAUACCAUGGGCCGAUCGAGGCGUGCUGAUGCUCAAUACAUGUCUUACUGUUCGUGCGCACGAGGCCAAUUCACAUGCCAAUCGUGGCUGGGAGCGUUUCACACAAAAAGUUAUCGAUCUCAUUGCUCAGAAGCGGACACGAGGUGUCGUAUUUAUGGCAUGGGGAACACCAGCUAGCAAGCGUGUACAGAAGGUGGACAAACAACGCCAUCUUGUGCUCCUCAGCGUCCAUCCUAGCCCGCUCAGCGCGUCCAGGGGAUUCUUCGAUUGCGGUCACUUCAAGUCGGCAAACGCAUGGCUCAUUACUCGAUACGGCGACGACGGUGAGAUCGACUGGGCUUUGAGGCCUGAUAAUACGACCAAGAAAACCAUCAAAGAGGCACCAAAGAAAGAUACCAAAGAGGAUAACGAGGAAAAGAAGACGAAAGACUCAGAAGAGGAGGAAGAACCAAAGGCCAAGAAGCCAGAAUUCGACGAUGACGAGGAGGAUGUUGAUUCCGAUGAGGAAGCUGCAUUGGAAGAGGCCCUUAAACUUGCAGAAGAGAAGACCAAG